AAUCUUGACGCUGAUCGGUUCUGUUAUUUUGCCAGGAUAGCACGGGAGUUUGGAUUCUGAACACCGAGCUUCCGUGGGUUGAAGUCGCGGGACACCGGCGUCGGUGAGCAGCUGAAUGGGCGAGCCAAGGAGGACUCGCUGCUGCCUCCUGGGGACCUCCAGACACUCACGCAGCUUCCAGUUCCUGAGAAAAUCAGAUCUGCCAGCAAAGAGACCAAGGAGAGAAACAUGCCUGCUGACAUGAAUUUGUCUCAGAAGCCCCAGAGACUGAACCCACAUGAGCAGGAUGGGUCAAGCGAGAGAUUGGUGUCCUUUGAGGAUGUGACUGUGGACUUCAGCCAGGAGGAGUGGAGGCGCCUGGACUUCGCCCAGCGAUGCCUGUACCAGGACGUGAUGCUGGAGAUCUACAGCCACCUCUUGGCAGUGGGGUACCCCAUUCCCAGCUCCGGGGCCAUCUUCAGGAAAAAGAAAAGAAAGGAGGCAUGGAUGGGAGAGGCUAAGUUCCCACUUCAGCAGAGUCGGUGUCGAGAGGUUUCCGCCCCUCGACCAAGAGUUUCUGAGACUGAAGCAUUUCAAACGAGUAAGGCGAGUGAAAUCACAAGACAUGCCCUGUGGUGUUCUAUCAUAGGACUGUGGCAAGAUCCAGACCCUACAAAAAGAAAUCGGCAAAGCCGGAAACCACCUUGGAGUGCCGGUGCUCUCCUCAGCAAGAAAGCACAGAGCACAGACAGAGGCUGUGGAUGGAAAGAGCCUGUAGAAGCCACUCCUUUGGUGUCCAGCCUCAUCUCCACACAAAAGGGAGCCCCAGAGGGACCCACAAACAGUGAGAGGCAUAACCUGGAGGCAAAGAGUGAAAACCAAAGCAAUAUCACUAAACAGCUUAAAGAUGUUGUUACCUCUGGUCAGCUCUUCAUGGGAGACUCUUCUAAUGCUAACCACACAGUUCCUCACGAAGGCCAGAAUUCACACAAAGGUAACGAGUGCAGGAAAGUUCUCACCCGUAAACACACACUGAGACAGCAACAAGGGCAUCCUCAGGAGAAACCAGACGGAUGCCCUGAAUGUGGAAAGGUCAUCUAUGACAUGGCUGCUUUCAGUGAACAUCAGGCAACUCACGCUGGAGAAAAGCGUUUCGACUUUCACAAGUGUGGGAAAGCCUUCCUGCAGAAGUCAGAGUUGACCUCCCAUCGAGAAACUCACGUAGAGAAACCUUAUGAGUGCUCCGACUGUGGGAAAUCAUUCAGUCGUACCUCCAACCUGCAGGUUCAUCAUCGAAUUCACACUGGAGAGAAGCCUUAUGAGUGCCGCGACUGUGGGAAGUCCUUCAACAGUACAUCCCAACUGAAGGUGCAUUAUCGAAUACACACCGGGGAGAGACCUUACGUGUGCUCUGUAUGUGGGAAAGCCUUCAAGCAGAAGUCAAUCCUCAGCACUCACGAGACCAUUCACACCGGGGAGAAGCCUUACGAGUGUACUGUCUGUGGGAAAUUGUUUAGCUGUACGUCCCGACUGAAAGUCCACUAUCAGAUCCACAGGAAGGAGAAACCGUAUGAAUGUGCUGACUGUGGGAAAGCCUUCAAGGGCAAGUCAAGUCUCACUGCCCACCAGAAGAUACACAUUAGACAAACCCAGCAUGUAUGCCGUGAGUGUGGGAAAGCGUUCAGUCAGAAGUCAGAGCUCAGCACGCACCAGAGAGUCCACCUGGGCCAGCGUUCUCACAGAUGCGACGCCUGUGGGAAGGCGUUUACUUACGUAUCGCAGCUGAAGAUGCACCAUCGAGUCCACACAGGGGAGAAGCCUUACGAGUGCCGCGACUGUGGGAAGUCAUUUACUUACUCGUUCACACUGAAUGUGCAUUGUCGCAUUCACAGAGUGGAGAAAGCUCACAAAUGCGCUGUCUGUGGGAAAGCCUUGGCUUCUAAGUACCAACUCGAAGAGCAUGAGCGGAUUCACACAGGAGAGAAGCCGUACGUGUGCACCGCGUGUGGAAAAGGUUUCCAUGGUAGGUCGGGUUUCCUGAGGCAUCAGAUAACUCACACCAGGGACAAGCCUUUCGUCUGUCCCAAGUGUGGGAAGGCCUUCUUUCAGCGCUCACAGCUGGCGUCUCAUCAGCAGACACACACAGGAGAGAAACCCCACGAAUGCCGUUACUGUGGGAAACCCUUCAGUCAUACGUCCCAACUGACAGUGCAUCAUCGAAUUCACACGGGGGAGAGACCUUACAAAUGCAGCCACUGUGGGAAGUCAUUCAGUAAUUCCUCCCAACUGAAAGAGCAUCUCCGCAUUCACACCGGGGAGACACCGUAUGCGUGUUCUGAAUGUGGGAAGGCCUUCAGCCGGAGGUCAUCCCUCAAUCUGCACACGAAAAUUCACACUGGAGAAAAGCACCAUGUAUGUAGUGUGUGCGGGAAAGCCUUUAGUCAGAAGUCGGUCCUUCGAACACAUCAGAGAAUUCACACCGGAGAGAAGCCUUACAAAUGCUGUGACUGUGGGAAAGCCUUGGCUUCAAAGGGCCAACUCCGAGAUCACCAGAGAAUUCACACAGGCGAGAAGCCCUACGUUUGCACUGAAUGUGGGAAGGGUUUCUUUGGCAGGUCAUCUUUGCAUAGACAUCAGAUAACUCACACUAAGGAGAGACCUUUCAUCUGUCAAAAAUGUGGGAAAACCUUCAUCCAGAAAUCAGCAUUGGUAUCCCAUCAGCAAAUUCACACAGGCGAGAAACCCUACGUGUGCCCUGAGUGUGGCAAGGGCUUCUACAAUAGGUCCUCUUUGCCCAGACACCAGAUGACUCACACCAGGGGGAGAUCUUUUAUCUGUCAACAGUGCGGGAAGGCAUUCCUGCAGAAGUCCGUGUUGAAAUGCCAUCAGCGAACACACACCCACAAGAAGCCGUAGGAAUGCCAUGGGAAACUAUUCCAUAGCACAUGGCCCUGAAGGCCAUCGUCAUAUCCUCAGGGCAAUGCAGAGAGGACGAGAAGUCAUCCAGCAUCAGCACAAUGCUCGUGCAGCAUUGGAUUCCCACUGGGGGAAGACACUGUUGUAUUCCGAAAGAGGGAGACCUUCAGCAACGUGUAGAUAGCAAUAAACACCAAGCAGCUCACACCAGACAUGGUUCUCACAGGCUCGGUUUAGAUGUGAAAUCCUUCUCCAAGAAAUCAGUUCGUAGUCUCUGUUUCCACCUGAGGUAUAAUCCUUAAAUUACUUGAAGAAAAUGUUUUAAAAGAACGUAUUGUACGUUAUAUCUUCUCUGCGUUAAAUUAUCUCAAUAUGCACUGCUUUCUUGAACUCAUUAUUCAUGAGAGACAUUUGUAGUAUGAUUAUGGGUUUCACCCUAGGGGGAAACCCUGAAGCCAUGGACUGAGAAAAAGUUUCUCUAUAGAAAAUGGCAAAAGCCACAUUGUUUCCAGACUAUAAAAAAGUUUGGGGGAUUUUGUAUCAGCAAUAUUCCUGUUAAUUGUUAGAUAGUAAUAUUUCUAUAAUGCAAGAAAGGAAAGGACAAGAUGGUGUUAUUUCUCAAAAGUAUGUCUAAUGUGUAUGUGUGGUUGCACUUUCCAAUGUUUACAUACGUACUGCCUUAGACUGGUGGGGCUUGACACAGAAUUUGUUGCCUAACAGGAGUUUCUUUUUUAAGAGUCUAAUGUGUGUUGACAGCCAAUCCCUUAUUCAUACCACUAUCAAUAAUUAAUAAUAAUUAAUUCAUCUUUUCAUCAUAUGAAAGUAACUUUUGAGGUAAACCCAUUAGUGAAAUUCUAUAGCAUUCACUUCUUGUACUGUAACUUUUCUCUUUUGUGAGUAGCUCAGCUUAUCUUUUCUCCACGUGUCCCAUCCGUAGUGAGCUACGCAGAAAAAAACAGCCAUUUGUUAGAGAAUCAACGAAGACUUCUUCAUAGUUUUGUGCAGGCUUCUAAUGCACACAAGAAGACAGUAAAUGGUGUGUGUGUGUGUGUGUGUGCGCACACAUUAGUGUCAAGGCACAUGUGUGAAAGAUAAAAAACAAUCUAUUGGAGUUGGUUCCUUAUUAACAGCAUGCAGGUCCCCAAAACAGAACUCAGGUAAGUCAUCAGCCAUGGCAACAUGUCCCGUUAGCCACUGAGCAAGCUCAUGCUCAUGCCUGCCUAUGGAUUUCUUUUUUCCUUCUUUCUUUCUUUCUUUCUUUCUUUCUUUCUUUCUUUUUGAGUCAGAGUCUUACUAUGUAACCUUGGCAGAACUGGGGCUUACCAGGCUGGUCCUGAACUCACAGACUCACCUGCUGCUGCCCUCCAAGUGCCGGGACUAAAGGCGUGCACCACCAUGCCUGCUUGAAUUUUUGAAAUGAAGUUGUAUGCAGCAUAGCCACGCUCGUUUGCGUAUAUCCUGGUUGUGGUUUGUUGUUCCCCUGUAGCACUGAGUAAUUGUGGGAGAGACCAUGGGGUCCCCGACCUACGAAUGUUUUCUUUCUGGCACUUGACAGGAUGUAUUUGCCGGGGUGAGACACAUACAUGAGCAUUCACAUAAUCCUUUGUUUUAUAAAAAGCAAACCACAUCUGUAUGGAUAUUGGUUUUCUACUCUAAAAUACAUACCUUCAUUGGCAGUGUGGUAUUCUAUGAAGUUGAAAUGCCAUAAUCCAGAGCCAAGUGUGAUGGCGCAUGCCUUUAAUCUCAGCACUCAGGAGGCAGAGGCAGGCAGAACUCUUGAGUUCGAGGCCAGCCUGGUCUACAUAAUGAGUUCCAGGACAGGCAGGGCAAUAAAGACCCUGUCUCAACAACAGCAAAAAAAUUGGAAUAUCUUCCUGAAAAAGAUGAAGGAAAAUAGUCAGAAAGGGGGAGCCAAAGAGAAGGGUAACUGGGUUCAACUGAAGCAGCAGCCUAUUCCACCGAAAUAAAUAGACUUUGUGGGAACUAAGAAAAAAUGCCUGAGAUGCUGCAGCCUGUUCCCUGUGAGUCAUUGCUUGGUGUUAAAAAACAAAAGAAAGAAAAGAAAACCUUGACUGUAAGCAAGAAAACAUGGGAUAAGGAGCUGAGCUGAGAAUUCUCUGAAGAAGACAUACAGUCACAUUCUUUUAAAGCGUUUAGCCUCCUUAGCUAACUUCUCACUCUGUUCGGAAUAGCUGCUAUCAACUGACAGCAGAUCUGCCGCGGCUGUGAAGAAAGGGAGCCUUUCUUGACUGCUGGGGGAAGGUAGGUCGCUGCAACUCCAAUGAAAUCAGCCCGGGGUUUUGUUGUUGCGUUUGGUUUUUUGGAUUGGAUUGGAUUGGAUUGGAUUGGAUUGGAUGUUGAGACAGAAUCUCACUGUGCAGCCUUAGUGGUGGUUUCUGAAAUUACUGAAACCUGAACUAGCCUACGACCCAGCCACUUCUGGAUAUACAUCCUGGGAACCUGUACCGUACCACAGAGAUCCUGACACCCCCAUGUUUACACAAUAGCGAAGAAACAGGAUCAGUCUAGAUGCCCAUCCGUAGAGAUGGAUGUAUAACGAGGCUAUAGUAUAAAUACAGUAGAAUUUAUGGGUCAGGAAAUGAAAUUCACAGGAAGAUGACGUGUUCUCUGUCAUACACAGAUGGUAACUUCUGACUUUAUGUAUGUGCAGGCUUCAGCUUCGAGUGUGUCCAGUGGCUCCUCAGCUCCUGUGAGGCAAAUGCUUCAUCCCGGUGAACAGCUGUGGUUUGGGCUGCAAGACAAAUGAGCACUGUGCAAGGUUUACUGACUAAAACCUCAGUUCUAGAAGGACACGGUUGUGCCGAGACGCAGUACAUGGGUCUAGUUAGCAACAGUGAUGUGCUUAGAAGUAGUAGAUAAAUGGGGAGCGGAGAUUGACGUUCGCAUGAUACUAACUUUCGUGGGGUUUACUCUAAUUUUGCCCUCUGAUGAUGGAUGGCUGAGCCCACUCUUCAAGUACCCUAGAGCUGUAUCUUUGAUGAUGAAACUGUGUUCUCUGAAUCAUCACUCCUGUAGUCUGUUUUCAAUGGGAUCGUCUGUGAUCGGGGUAUGAUGGCAUGUUGUAAUCCUAGCAUCUGAAUGGCAUAGACAAGAAGAGCAGAGUAAGUUGAAGGCCAGCCUGGUCUACGUAAUCUAGCCCAGUGAUUCUCAACUGUUCUAACGCUGUGACCCUUUAAUACAGUUCCUCAUGCUGUGGU